CGAGUGCGGUGCUCGCCAUGGUCGGCGUGGAGCUGUUCUCGCACCCCGCGCUCUACACGCGCUACCGGGCCGGGCUCUGCUCCGCCGCGGCGCUGGCGCUGUUGCUCAUCACCGCGCUCACCUAUGUGCCGCCGCUGCUGGUGGCCUACCGGAGCCACGGUUUCUGGCUGAAGCAGAGCACGUACCUUGAGCAGCCCACUGUGCGGUUCCGGUACGAGGUUCUCCUCGUCGCCACCACCGGGCCCGGCCCGGGCAGCUUCUUGGCGUGGAGCACGUUCCCAGCGUUCAACAGGCUGCAGGAGGAGCGGCUCCGAGUCCCGCUCCUGGCGACUAGAGAAGAAGACAAAAAUCAAGAUGGCAAAAUGGAUCAGUUGCAUUUUGAAUUGGAACUUCCGCUCCAACCUACAGAGCAUGUACUUGGCAUUCAGCUGAUUCUACUCUUUUCCUACCAGCUUUAUAGAAUGUCAACAUUUGUGAUGCAGAGCAUGGCUUUUCUUCAGUUUUUUUCUCCUGUGCCAGGGUCUCGGCUCUAUAUGAAUGGAGACCUGAAAUUGAAGCAGAGGCAAUUACUGAACCAUUGUGGACUGGAUACCAGAUACAAUGUGUCUGUGGUCAAUGGCACAAGUCCUUUUGCAAGUGACUACGAUCUAACAAACAUCAUUGCAGCAUACUGGGAUAGAAAUGUGACAACAGUCUUUUCAGAUCCCAGCCCUCUUUGGAUGACAGGAAGAGCAGCAGAUACACCAUUUGUCAUUAAUGCCACUAUUCGUUACCCAGUGGAAGUUAUUUUAUAUCAGCCAGGAUUUUGGGAAAUUAUUAAAUUUGCCUGGAUCCAGUAUGUCAGCAUCCUCCUUAUCUUUCUUUGGGUGUUUGGUAGGAUUAAGAUGUUUUUGUUCCAGAAUCACGUGUUGACUACAAUUCCAGUAUCAUCAGUUCUGCCAACAUCUCCAGUACUAAGCUACAAACAGCACCAGUUCUGAGAAGGUGCCUGAGAACACUUUAAAGAAACACAGUUCAAAAAUAGUCACCUGCUUUUCUUCUCUAUUCACUUUUUACUUUCAAAGAUCCGAAUUUUGUAAGUAUGUUCCAAGUAUGCUCUGUUUGUGCUUUCUUUUUAAAUAUAUGUUCAUUCAUCUAAUUUUUUGGGAACACUGCUUUGGAGCUGAAAAUUUUAAUUUUUUUGACAAUUAAAAGUUAAAUAACAGC